UCGGUUUAUGGUAUGGCAUUUUCCCAGAAGACGUUCAUGCUUCUAUCUUAUUUUUCCUAAGGUAGGUCUCGCCUAUACGUCAAUAACUCACGAGAAUUGAGCUGCCCGCUGCCUUGUUUAGCUGUACGUAAAACUUAACGUAACACCACUCUCUCAAAAUGCAGCCAUUUUAGCUAUAGAUUCUUCAAAACCAUAUUGAAUACAAGCAUUGGAUCGUCGUUUUUUUUUCCUCUAAUCAGGAAACUAUCAUUUUUGGACCUAUAAUUUGAAAGAGAAAUGGGUGUAUUUUCUGCAUUUGGUGCAAGGAUCAAUCAGAACUCUCAACAGCCUCUUGAGGCUGAUCCCAAGAGCUCUGAAAAUGUUGAAUCUAAGUCGGUGUCAGAGAUGGAUAAUGGUAAGAUGAAGAGAUAUUAUGACGAAGAUGAGUGGGAGAGGCAAGAUCAACUUUGGACAGCUGCAGAGAAGAAGCAUCCAUGGAAAGUUGCCCCUCCUAAGGUUAAGGUGACAACAAAAAAGGGUAUUUGCCAUAUACACAUAGAAUUGACAUUGGGGUUGCAUCCUGAUGGUGUCUUCGAACUUUUCACUAAUCCACACAACGGACCAAACACCGAACCACUUUUGAAAAGCAAAUCAAGAAAGGUUUUGAAAGAGGAUGGACCGAGCCAGAUCGCUAAGGUGGAAAAAGUUUUGGCCUGGAACUUCAGUGGGAGGUCUUUUUCCGUCCCCAUAAGUCUAACUGUCGAUGAAAACCGAAAAGAUCUUACAGUAAGAAGCUUCUCUAUACCCGCUCACAAUAAUCAAUAUCUUUCUUUUGUAUUGAUGAUGAUGAAAGUGUUCGAGGGUAGCUAUAAAGUGGAGCCACUAUACGUAGAUUCAGUACGGUUAUGCAAGAACAAGGAGCCGAAGAGUGUAGAAGUAUACAGAAAAUGUAGCGGUGGACAAGGAAAGAUUGCAUCGAAAGUGACAAUGGACCAAUACUUUCAGCCAUAUCCUCCUUUUAAUCUGCCGCCACUAUCUUGGUUCAUUCGUGAUAUCACCAUCAAGAAUACCAAAAAUGUGCUAGACAGACUUCAACUUUGGGGUUUCAGUAUUCGAAAUCCAGGUGUAAUCAUGUCAACCAACAAACAUGGAAAAACAGAAAUUUCUCCUAAACAUUAAUUAAUUUGGAAGUCAUUUUUUUAA